CCAGCACUCCCUGCGACCCUUGUGAGGAUAAGCAGCAAAGGAUGGAUGGAUGAUGUGUUUGAAGACAAUAGGGUUAUGUUUUUUAUGUCAAGUUAGCAGUACAAACGAAGCUUUUUACUCACAACAGAGAGGCAGGAUCUACGCAAGUAUGAAUAAUCAUAUGUAGUAUGAACAUGUGUCAUGUGACCUACUCUGUUUUUGUUGUUGUUGGUUUUUUUUUUUGUGCACACAUGAUGUGCUUGUGAAAGGCUCCUCGUUCAGUGAGAGCGAAGUGAAGCGACUGGCACCGACCGGCUGGUUAGUGCGUCUGUUUGUGCACGCGUGCGUUUGUGACGGAGAACAGCAGAGCCUGGCACUGAACAAACGAACAACCAAGGAGACAAAAGAGUGUUAACACAACAAUGACACACACUGACAAACACAGAGGGACGGAUUGUGCUUGUGCACGACGCGUCACAUGUCACUGCAGCUCAUCCGAAAUCUCAUCUUGCCAAACUGCGUGUUUGAAUCCCCUUUUCAGCAAACCAAACAUCUGAUGAGACUUCACCGAUUGUCGCCUCAGUCUUGGUGUCACGACUACGCGUCGUGUGAGGAAACGGCGUAAAACGCAGCCAAAGGGUAGAAUCACCUUUUCGGGACUCGGAUGAUUUCCGAUGUCCGCUAGCACGGGCUCGCCGAUAUCAGUUUUGCAACGGAGGGCCGUGCCAAAAAUAACUUGUAGGCACCAAGAAAAGUCCUUUCCUUUCACCCGACUGGAGGAUGCCGUGAAUGAAAGAAGCCCGUGUGGCAGGUCGUGCCAGUAUUUGGCAACUGUUUACAUAUCCGCAGCGUUGCUACACCGAGGAGAUUCAAUCCUUCCGCGGGGGGGAAAAAAACAAAACACAAAAACUCCUAAAGUACACACAGAGUCCAUCUAAAGAGGGAAUUAGAGAAUGAGCUGUCAAAAACAUCGAGAAUGAAAUCCCUUUAGAGCCUGCAGCGCAGCAAAGAGACAUUCCCUUAACUAUUAUAGACUCAUUUCUUUCAAAAAAAUGACAACACAACAAGGGAGAGUGGCUCAACUCUUCAGGUUUCUAGGAACGAUUAUAGAAAACAGUGGGCGGGCGGGCUUGUUGUAACAGCUUCUCAUUUCGGGGUUAUCUUGGAAUCUGCUGCUAUUAUGGUCCCCAAAAACGAGCCAAGUCAAAUACUCCAUUGUGCGCUGACAUGCCAAGUCCGGAAUGCCGUAAAAUAAAAUGCAAUUUGUGGAGCGGCCAAAGUAAAACGGGAAAGCGCCAAGAAUGUCGUUACCAAAAAAAAAAAAAAAAGGAUGGUGGCGUAGAAAUGUGAGCUUUCUGAGCCCCGCAGAAGUGCCACAAACGUAUUUGGAAUUAGCAUCAGCGGCCUGGGGCGGGAUAGAAUGUCAACUCCAACGUGGCACAAGAAUGCAAUUUGUCAAGCAAAGACCAAUAAUACCUUGAACAGUACGGGGUAAUGUUUACCUGGUGUAUCCAGGGCUGCGUCUUAGGUACCCUUGUAUUUAUUGCAGAUGACAAGAAGAUGGACGACAGAGACAUGCAACAAGUGUCUAAGAAGAGAGAGAAGGGAGGUAGAGGGGGAGAACUGGGAUGAUGUGAAUAAGCCGUUUGUUUGUGCCUCUGCGUUUUCUCCAGCUUGGGGCAAUUUUCUCUCAUACGGACCUCUGCCGCCGUCGUAUUUUCAGUGUGCGCGCUUGCCCACGACAGGCCUCAUCAUGCAGGGACUCGGGAAGACGGAGCGUGCCGACCAAGGCCGAGACAUGGACCUGACGUCGCUGAGAUCCACCAUGCCGGCCGGCGGUGCCCUGCAGGGUAGCACGGCCUCUAACCUGAACAUGAACCUGUACGCAACCAAGAAGACGGCGGCCGAGGGCAUGCUGGACAUCGCUCUGUUCCUGGCCAACAUCACACACAUGAAGACGGUCAUCGAGCAGGGGGCGGGAUACAGGUACUACGCGGCCGUCCUGACUCUCAUCUCCUUCUCGCUGGCACUUCAGAUCAUCGCCGGGAUCCUGAUCAUCAUCAUCGCUCGUGUCGAGCUCACCCUGCUCCCCUCAUACCAGCGACUCUUAAACUUCCUCAACAAUCUGACCACAGGCGUCAUCUUCCUCACCCUGCUCGUCAACAUCAUCAAGUCCGCUUUCGGCACACAACGCAGCUGCCUACUGCGAUGGAUGUUUCAGCGUUUUGUACUGUAA